UUGCCGGUCAUUAAUCAUCAAACGUUUUUCCGUUUUCACAAGCAGGUCUUACAAAAACGUUCUCAUGGAUACUCAAUAUAGACGAACUUAUACAUACUCUUUAAUUUAUCAAAAAUCUCUUUACACGUUGAUUUCCAAAAGAAGGACUGUUAUUUAUGUGAAAUUUAUGAAGUACUAUAUCUUUGUGAAAUUUAUGAAGGUAAUAGUUAAUUUAUCUGGUAUUUGCCGGUCAUUAAUCAUCAAACGUUUUUCCGUUUUCACAAGCAGGUCUUACAAAAACGUUCACAUGGAUACUCAAGAUAGACGAACUUAUACAUACUCUUUAAUUUAUCAAAAAAUCUCUUUACACGUUAUUUCCAAAAGACGGACUAUUACUUCUGUGAAAUUUAUGAAGGUAAAUAAUAGUAUGUAUAACAUACAUAGUUUACAAAGAGUUUACUACGAGCUCUUUCAUGUUUAUGGGGAUUGAAGUAGUCGCAUAAGCCAUGAUACCUUCACAAGGGUAUAACAAUUCUCUGGGAUCUUAUCAACAAGCAAACAAGUGGGUGGCCAUAAACAGUGUAGCAGUUCUCUUUGGCAUGGCAACCGUAGGGCAGCUGACGAGAAUCACGGAUGUAGCCGACCUGAAGGAUCUGCAGAAACUGUAUCUGACGGAUUGGCCCAACAACUGCGUCGGCUACUUCUGGCUGGACAAUUACUUGAGAUGGCUGCAUCGGAACCCGACCUUGAAGCACCUCACCUUCUACACCUUGGAUGAUGAUUGGCGCAGCGAUGGAUUGUUUAUACUGGUGCAUCGGUAUCAGCUGUUCUUCAGCAACUUGAGCAGACGAAAGUCCGACUUGUUAGCCGCGCUGGAACACUUGGACUGGUCGGGAGGCUUCAAAGUCAGCGCUAUCCACGAGACCCACCACAGGAUCUACAAGGAGCUGGCACUGGACCUCAGGCUCCACAUGGAUCGGGAAAUGAACACCAUCAUGUAUAUCUUGACCCGUAAGGAGGCCGAGCGAUUGCAGGUCAAGUGCCCGGAGGGCUACUAUCUGGACAAAGUGCGGCUGGAACAUGCAGAUCAGAUCAACGAUCUUUGGUCAGCGCGUCAUCCGGGUUCCCUGAAGCUCAUUCAGAUGCUUAUAGCUUACAAUACCAAUGUGGGAUUGUAUGAGAAGGAGUCGGGCUCAUUGUGCGCUUGGUGCUUGAGGCUGCAAAGUGGAUUCCUCGGAGCUCUAGAAGUGCUCCCAACCCACCAACGUCGUGGCUUGGGACUAGUAGUAGCCGCCGCCAUUUCCAAAGCAAUCGCAGCCGAUCUUCAGCAGGAUAUCACGGCCCUGGUCAACAUGAACAACACGGCUGCCUGUCGAGUGUUCGAGAAACUCCAUUUCAAGUUGAUCCAGGGCGAACACUACUACUGGAGCAUGAUCAGGCCAGCAGAAGGUGGGCAGAUUUCUUGGCCCUGCGGCGAAUAGAGCCAGACUCCAAAGGCAGACAACAAGGCCUUGGGAUCAAGGAUCAGUUGGCUGAAGACGGAAAUCCAGGGUUUGCUUACCAUUGUGUUCUUUUUAAUAUCUGACUGGUCUGAACUUCUACAUACUUCUGUAGUUGUAAGCGCUGUAAGCGAUCAUUCUUAAAGAAUAUAGGAAUUUUGAUAGAGAAA